AUGAAUAUUGAAGAAUUGUGUCCUGUUGAAGUGUCAACAGUAAGAAGGCUGUCUUGUUCACGGACUUUUGAAGGGAUUGGAAACAGAAUGUUUGUGAAUUCAAUAGAUUUUGACGACACAGGGUGCAUGAUGCUUGUUUCUGGAGAAGAUGAAAACCUGGUGGUUUAUGAUGUGUUGGCCGGCGGAAUGCAAUGCAUAGUCAGUUUUUUAUUUAUUUUAAAAGAUUUUAAAUUCUUUGAUUUUUAGGCAUUUUUAUUUGUGUUUAUAUGUUUUUGAAAAUAUAUUAUUUUGUUUUAAGACGGUUUUAUUUAAGGUACCUAGUAAGAAAUAUGGUUGCGCUCAUGCCAAGUAUCUGCACUCACAAGAACUUGCUUUGUAUGCAUCAACAAAAAAGGAUGGUAAGUAAAGCUUUCUUGUUGGUUUAAUGCUUUAGAUAUUAUUUUCCCAAGACUGGUCGCAAACCGCGUUCUAUUGUUAUCUGUAAUGUCUUACAUUUAAAUGGCAUAUAAAAAAUUUUGAACGAACUCUGAGCCUUCCACGUUUCUUUGUUAAUUGAACUAAAAAACUAUAUUUUAGAUAGCAUCAGGCUUCUUUCUUUGUAUGACACUCAUUACGUGCGGUACUUCCAAGGACAUUCAAAGCAGUAAUUUAUUAUUUUUUUAAAUUUUAGUUUCUUGUAGUUAUUUUAAGUUUUGCUUAUUUAAGUUAUAAGUUUAAGUUACUUCUAAAAUUACUUGUUGAACGCCCAAUUAAUAGCUUAUAACAGGAUAACUGGAAUCAGCGUUUCACCGGUAGAUGAUAUGUUCAUUACGUCUUCCAAAGAUAAAACUUUGAGGUUUUGGGAUGCAAAACAAGAAGCGUGUUGUGUAUGUUUUUUAUUAGUAUUUUUGAAUUUAGGUAACAGGUAGUAGCUAACAUUCGUUAUCUUAGAUCACAUCGUUGAAAGCAAUGUUAUUUUAAGUUGUUAAUGAAGCAUUUUUGUUGUGUGAAAGUUUCUAUUUUAGGGUAUAAUGCAAGUAAAUUCAAAUGCUACAGCUGCUUUUGAUCCUGAAGGUUUGGUUAUCGCUGUUGCAAUUGGGUCUGAUCAAAUCAGGAUGUACGACAAACGGGCGUAUGAAAAUGUAGGACUUCUUUUUAGUUUGAUUGUUUAAGACUAAAAUUUUCGGUCAAUUGGUCGGUUUAACAUAAAUUGCCAAAUAUUCAAUUUAAAAGGAAGAAGUUGAAAUUACAGGGCCCGUUCGUAUCUUUCGACCUCGGAAUUAUCAAAGACACAAAGUGGACAAACAUAAAAUUUUCUGAGGAUGGAAAGUCGAUUUUAGUGAUGACAUCAGGAAAUUAUCAUCGAUUAGUAGACGCGUUCAAUGGUGGUAUUACACAUUCUUUAACGGGACAUUCGAACGCUAAUGGAUUAGUUCUGAAUGCGUGUUUUUCUCCAGAUUCUCAGUUUGUGUUUUGCGGUUCAGACAAUGGAAAGGUCACCGUGUGGAGUCGGGAAGAUGGGACUCGUGUUCAUGAAUUAUCAACGGAUCCGAAUGAUCCUAUCUUGCACUGUGUUUAUAAUCCGGUGUAUCACGUGCUGGCCACAGCCGGUUCCAAUACUGUAAGUUUUCGAUGAAACUCAAAUUUGUAAUUAUUAGGUUGUUAAAAUAAUUUUGUGUCCCUAACCAAAAAAAAGUUUGUUUUGAGGGGCACACAAUUAUUUGAACGACAUGAUAUAUUGAUAAAUUUUAGAGGAACCCCUAAUUUUGAAGCAAUUUAUUUUAGAAAUUGUGGACUCUUUCAUAA